AUGAAGACAUUUGCUAUCCUCUCAGGCCUCACUGCGCUGGUCGCAGCCGCCCCUCUUCACCCUGAUUGGCCAGGAUUCCCACCCAAAGGAGCUGGGUUCCCUAUGAUGCCCUGCCCACCCGCCAACGGUACUUCCGGUGGCCAGAUACCAGGCGUCGCGAUGCCUACUGGGGUUGCAUCUCCUGUUAUUCCUGACGAAUCUGAGGAUCCUCCAUAUCCCGCUCCCUCCGAGGAGAUCGAAGACCCUGAAGAGACGGAUGAGUACGAAGAUACUCCUUAUCCCGCUCCGUCUGAAGAAACGGAAGAGGAGACCGAGGACCCUGCUCUCCCGGAAGAGACUGAGGAGACUGAAGAUCCUGCAUACCCUGCUCCCUCUGAAGAGACGGAGGAAACCGAGGAUCCUGCUCUUCCCGAAGAGACUGAGGAAACCGAAGAGGGGGACGUGAUUGCCUCUCCCACUUCUCCGGCAGAUGAUGCCCCUGCCGGCGCCUACAAACGCGCAGCUCAACUUGGCGAUCUUCCUAGCUUUGGAGGCUUUGGUGGGUUUGGAGGUAGUACGGGUGGUGCUGGUUCUGGCUCGGGGUCUGGUUCUGGCCUUGGAUCUGGUCUUGGGUCUAUCUUCGGGGGUUCUGGCAGCACCGACGCGGGCUCUGGUUCCGGCUCUGUCACUUCUCCUCCACCAGCUGAAGCAGGAACUGACUCAGGCUCUACUCCUUCUACUGGAACCACGGGAACUACCUCAGGAUCCGUCGAUGCUCCUCCAGCAGCUGAAGUAGGAUCUGAAGCCGGCUCUACUCCUUCAACUGGCACUACUGGAACUACCGGAACUACCUCUGGAUCUGUCGAUGCUCCUCCAGCAGCUGAACCAGGCGCAGAGGCGGGCUCCACUACCCCCACUGUUCCUGAUGUAGCUCCUCCAGCAGGCGGAGCAUCUUCUGGCUCUGGCUCUGGCUCUGCUUCUCCAUCAGGAGCUCUUGGAUCUAGCUCUGGUUCUGGUGUCGCUGCUCCCUCAGGAGUUAUGGGCUCUGGAAGUGCUGCCGCUACGGGUCUUUCUCGAUCUGAGAUCGCUCGUCGCAAGGCCCAGUACAACGAUCAGCCUUUGUACCCUGUGCCAUCCGCCAGCUUUGGAGAAGGGGUUGCCAUGCCGACUGGUAUGCCUGUCUUCGCACUUCCCACUGCGGUUCCGACUGGUGCCGCGCCUGUUGCGUCUUCUGGUGUGAUGCCGCCUACAGUCUACUAG